AUGGCUGCAACGACACUUGCAAUCCCAGGCCAGCUCCUCGGCCCAGCCUCAAAGUACAAGCCCGGCGCCGGCGUGCACCUCUACGAGUCGAACCUGUACAGCUCCCUCCUCGGCGACAUCACAAUCACCCAGCCCGCCUCCCAGUCCUCAGCAUCCUCCACAUCCGCCCAGGGGCCCACGAAGCGCAUCUCGAGGAUCACCCAGAACCUGCCGUCGCGGGCAGCAGCCGCCCCGUCCGAGCUGCCCACCAUAUCAGUGUCGCGCGGGGCCGCCGCCGCCGCCGCCGGCCAGCAGAAGCAGAAGCAGCGCGAGGUCCUCCCGCAGGUCGGAAACACCGUCCUGUGCCGCGUCACGCGCAUCACCCCGCGCCAGGCCGUCGUCGCCAUCCUGGUCUGCGGCGACACCGUCCUCGGCGCCGAGUGGCAGGGCGUCAUCCGCGUCCAGGACGUGCGCGCCACCGAGAAGGACCGCGUCAAGGUCUACGAGAGCUUCAGGCCCGGUGAUAUCGUGCGCGCGUCGGUCAUAUCCCUAGGUGAUCAGGCAAACUACUACCUCUCCACCGCGAGCAACGAGCUCGGCGUCAUCAUGGCCGUCAGCGAGGCUGGCAAUGCUAUGUACCCCGUCACGUGGAAGGAGUACAAGGACCCGGAAACUGGCCUGAGCGAGAGCCGAAAGGUCGCGAAGCCCUUCUAA